UUUACAUACAAUCACGGAACUUUAAGACUUUGAGAUCAAGAGCCAGACGUCUGCAGUCAACAUCUGAACAAUUCACAGAAACAAAAAGUUCACUUUCUUCACUUUUGAAGGGCUUUAUCCUGAGAAAGCGAAGAAUUGAUGUUGAAAACUUAGAUACACUAAUGAAAACAAAAAACAUCCCAGAGGCACACCAGGAUGCUUUUAAAACUGGUUUUGCAGAAGGCUUUUUGAAAGCACAGGUGUUCCUGCAGAAAACGCUUGAUUCCUUAAGAAGAUCACGUUUGCUCUCUUUCUUUCUCUUUGUUCUUUGUUUUUACUUUGCUUUAUACUCGUCAUUUUUACCUGGGAAAGGUUCCUUUUCUGAUGCUGUACGCUUUCGAACGUCGAGUAUCUUUGAUGCAGCAGUUGAUCCAAUCCAGCUGAAAAAUGUCACCUUCGAACAUGUAAAAGGGGUUGAAGAAGCUAAACAGGAAUUGCAAGAAGUUGUGGAAUUCCUGAAAAACCCACAUAAAUUUACUGUACUAGGAGGUAAACUUCCAAAAGGUAUUCUGUUAGUUGGACCACCUGGUACUGGUAAAACUCUUCUUGCACGGGCUGUAGCUGGUGAAGCUGAUGUUCCGUUUUAUUAUGCAUCUGGAUCAGAGUUUGAUGAGAUGUUUGUUGGGGUAGGAGCUAGUCGCAUCCGAAGCCUAUUCAGGGAAGCAAAAGCAAAUGCACCGUGCGUUAUAUUUAUUGAUGAGUUGGACUCUGUUGGUGGGAAGAGAAUUGAAUCUCCGAUGCAUCCUUAUUCAAGACAGACCAUUAACCAACUUCUUGCUGAAAUGGAUGGCUUUAAACCUAAUGAAGGCGUUGUUAUUAUCGGCGCAACAAACUUUCCUGAAGCAUUAGAUAAUGCUUUAAUACGCCCUGGUCGCUUUGAUAUGCAAGUUACUGUUCCUAAGCCUGAUGUAAGAGGUCGUACAGAAAUUCUGAAGUGGUACCUUAAUAAAAUAAAGUAUGAUCCAUCUGUUGAUCCAGAAAUAAUUGCACGAGGCACAGUAGGAUUUUCUGGAGCAGAACUUGAGAAUCUUGUAAAUCAAGCUGCCUUAAAGGCAGCUGUUGAUGGGAAAGAUAUGGUGACCAUGAAGGAACUAGAAUUCUCCAAGGACAAAAUUCUAAUGGGACCUGAACGUAGAAGUGUAGAAAUUGAUGAGAAAAACAAAACCAUCACCGCUUACCAUGAAUCUGGACAUGCUAUCAUUGCAUAUUAUACUAAGGAUGCAAUGCCAAUCAACAAGGCUACAAUCAUGACACGAGGAACAACACUUGGACAUGUAUCUUUGCUCCCAGAAAAUGACAGAUGGAGUGAAACUAGGUCCCAGUUGCUUGCGCAGAUGGAUGUCUGUAUGGGAGGAAGGGUAGCAGAAGAGCUCAUAUUUGGAAGUGAUCACAUCACAACAGGUGCUUCCAGUGAUUUUGACAAUGCUACUAAAAUUGCAAAACUGAUGGUGACUCGAUUUGGAAUGAGCGAGAAGCUUGGUGUUAUGACCUAUGCUGAUACGGGGAAAGUUAGCCCUGAAACUCAGUCUGCAAUUGAACAGGAAGUAAGAACGCUUCUACGGGACUCGUAUGAGCGAGCAAAGAACAUCCUGAAGACUCAUGCAAAAGAACACAAGAAUUUAGCAGAAGCUUUAUUGAAAUACGAGACUUUGGAUGCCAAAGAAAUCCAAAUCGUUCUAGAGGGAAAAAAGCUAGAAGUAAGAUGAUAACUUCUGGCGUACAGUAACUGAUAAUUUGAAGAAUGUACAUCUAGCAAUGCAGUAGUCUUACGCAGCAUAGCCUUUUUUUCCCUUCCUGAUGUGUGUAUGGCAUUAGUGACACUUCAGUACUACUGUCUCUUGUGAGCUUCUGUUAAUCAUCUAUUUGUCAUGUCUCAUCAGAAUAAGACACAGAAAAUAAAGCAAGUUCCUCAUCCUCU